UAGCAUUGGGUAAUUGCGUUAGACUAGGACUGUGUAUAAAUUCUAGGCAUUGUGUCCGCUUGCUGUUUUCGUCAUACUUUGUCCAGCUUAUUUCGCAAAAUCACAAGAAAUGGAUUAUGCCAAAACACAUGAGGGUUGUUCUGUGGUUCACUUACACAUAUCUUCUUCAGUUUCAAUCCACUUCCAUCCACUUCCAUGUUUUUGUUUUCUACCUUCUCAAAAAAGCAUUGAAUCUUCGUCUCGUCUACUCUACCAAUAGUCUUUCUCGCAUUCUAUGCACCUCCUUCCGAAAAGUCCACCUACAAAGGACAUAACCAAAAUUCAUGGAUGUUCUGCUCAAAACAUGGGAGGAUAUUGCUCAUGCCGUUCGUCGACGAGAAACCAAGUUCAAAU